AGCAUCCGCCGUGCCGCGGCCGCACCAUGAAGGGUAGCCGGAUCGAGCUGGGAGACGUGACUCCACACAACAUUAAGCAGCUGAAGCGGCUAAAUCAAGUCAUUUUUCCUGUCAGCUACAAUGACAAGUUCUACAAGGAUGUCCUGGAGGUUGGCGAACUAGCCAAAUUAGCCUAUUUCAAUGAUAUUGCAGUGGGAGCAGUGUGCUGUAGGGUGGAUCACUCUCAGAAUCAGAAGAGACUGUAUAUCAUGACACUUGGAUGCCUGGCACCUUACCGAAGGCUAGGGAUAGGAACUAAAAUGUUGAAUCAUGUCUUAAACAUCUGUGAAAAAGAUGGCACUUUUGACAACAUCUAUCUGCAUGUCCAGAUCAGCAAUGAGUCAGCAAUUGACUUCUACAGAAAGUUUGGCUUUGAGAUCAUUGAGACGAAGAAAAAUUACUACAAGAGGAUAGAACCAGCAGAUGCUCAUGUGCUGCAGAAAAACCUCAAAGCCACUUGUCUUGGCCAGAAUGCAGAUGUGCAAAAGACCGACAACUGAACAAAAUCCCAACGAACACUUUCUUGCACUUGCUUGUCGCCAAAUAAGGAAAGAGAGGCCUGUUGUUUUUGGUUUUUU